AUCGAGUUACACUACGCCCCUCUCUUUAAGCCGUUGUCUGUGCGCCGUCUAGUGUGCCGUUAGCCGGACUACCACAGGAUAACACACUCUCCACUGGGAAAGUAAGGGUCAACGCCUAUUUUCAGGUAACUGAUUACCAAUCACUUAAAGAACUUUCAGGAAGAAGUACUGGUUCAAAUUUCAACAGUAUGCCAGCUGCAGACAUCUCAGAAAACCACUGCCAAAGGCCUUGAAAAAGGGAAGAGUAAUAAGCUAUUUUUAAUGGACAAGGAUCACAUUCAUUUACAGUCCUCAAAAUGAUUGAAACAAUGGAUGCAAAACCUGAAGAUACACAGCGUGCCUUGCAGGCGGUGGAGCGUCUCCAGGCCAAACUAAAGGAGCGGGGGGAGGUGCCCACAGAGGAGAAACUCAGCCUGCUCAAGUCAGUGCUGCAGAGCCCCCUCUUCCACCAGAUCCUGGCCCUGCAGAAGUCCGUCCAGCACCUCAAAGACCAGGGAAGUAUCCCAUCAUCACUUGGUGGAGAUCUUGGCGACCCUGCCAUAGCAGCAAAGCCCAAUGGCAGCCACCUUUCCUACCCAGAUAUCUCAGCUGUUCCACACAUGAAUGGCAAGCUAUCAGCUGAAGAAUUUGAUCACAUUAUUCACUCUAUGGCACAGGGACGCUAUGUGACUCAUGUGGAGCUUCUGAAGCCAGUGGCAGGGGGUCUGGGCUUUAGCGUGGUGGGCCUGAAGAGCGAGAACCGCGGGGAGCUUGGCAUCUUCAUACAGGAGAUUCAACCAGGAAGUGUGGCUCACUGUGAUGGGAAGCUGAAAGAGGCCGAUCAGAUCUUGGCCAUAAACAGGCAGCCCCUGGACCAGACAGUGACCCACCAGCAGGCCAUAGCCAUCCUGCAGAGUGCCUCAGAGAGGGUACAGCUCACAGUGGCUAGGGGGCCAAUACCUCAGUUGGCCAGCCCUGUGGUGUCCCGCACCCCGUCUGCUGCCAGCACUCUGUCUGCCAACUCCAGCGCGUGGCAGCAUGUGGAGACCAUUGAGCUGGUAAAUGAUGGCACCGGCCUUGGCUUCGGCAUUGUGGGAGGAAAGACCACUGGGGUCAUCGUCAAAACCAUCCUUCCAGGAGGCAUCGCUGAUCAGGACGGCCGCCUGCACAGUGGGGACCACAUCCUGAGGAUUGGUGACACAGACCUGUACGGCAUGGGCAGCGAGCAGGUGGCCCAGGUCCUUCGGCAGUGUGGCAACAGAGUGAAGUUGGUCGUCACCAGGGGUCCUGUGGACGAGAAUCCUUCUGUCACUGCAGUCAUGCCAGUGAUGCUGCCCACUGUCAGUGAACAACUGGGCUAUGAGGAAGAGGAGGCUGAAGCUUUUGAUGUUAGGUUGACCAAGAACGCCCAGGGAUUGGGGAUCACCAUUGCAGGCUAUGUUGGAGAUAAAAAUUUAGAGCCCUCUGGUAUUUUUGUGAAGAGUAUAACCAAAGAUAGUGCUGUAGACCAAGAUGGACGUAUUCAUGUGGGAGACCAGAUCAUAGCUGUUGAUGGUGUAAACAUCCAGGGCUUCACCAAUCAGCAGGCAGUGGAAGUCCUCCGGCACACAGGCCAGACGGUUCACCUUAAGCUGGUCCGACGGGGCUUCCGACCUGAGGAGAUCCCCCUCGCUGUGGCCCCCACCGUGACCGUCCUGCCCCCCUGCACCACCAUCCCCACCACUGCCACAGUCAUGAGGGAGCUCGAGCUGGAGGAGGCUGCUCAAGAUGAGAAGCAGCUCCAGUCAAAGGCUGACGGAUCUGAUGUCAGCCCAGUCAGGGAUCAGCUAACAGAGGACAGAGAUGGGAUCAAACUCACAGCCUUUGAAGAGCAGGAACUCAUUAACAAGUGGCAGGAGAUUCUGGGUCCGAGUAACGAAGUUGUAGUGGCUCAGGUGGAGAAGUUUAGUGAGAACAGCGGCCUGGGGAUCAGUCUAGAAGCUAACAGCGGGCACCAUUACAUCCGAUCUGUCCUGCCAGAAGGACCUGUCGGACGUUGUGGCAAACUCUUCAGUGGAGAUGAACUGCUUGAGGUCAAUGGCAUAUCUCUGAUUGGUGAGAGCCAUAAGGAAGUGGUGAGCAUCUUGAAGGAGCUUCCACUAUGUGUAUAUAUGGCUUGCUGUAGGCCGGCGCCUCAUUUGCAAACUGACAUGGACGCUCCGCAGCCAGAAUUGGAUGCUUUGUCCACAAAGUCUAAAGUAAAGAAACAAAUAGACCUCGGCAGUUUCCUGGUUCCUGAAGACUCCAUUGUGAAAAAAGCAGCAGUGGCGGCACAGGAUAAUGUGACCGAGGAAGCACUAGGAUCUCCUUUGGCGAUGUGGGAGUCGGAGAUCCAGGAUAUUGAGCUAGAGAAGGGAGAAGGGGGAUUAGGAUUCAGCAUUUUGGAUUACCAGGAUCCAGUGGACCCUGCCAAGACGGUGAUCGUGAUUCGCUCUCUGGUUCCCAAUGGUGUUGCAGAGCAGGACGGCAGGCUGCUGCCAGGAGACCGUCUCAUGUUCGUGAACACCACUAACCUGGAGAACGCCAGCCUGGAGGAUGCUGUCCAGGCCCUGAAGGGUGCUAAACUCGGCAAAGUCCAAAUAGGGGUGGCUAAACCGCUGCCUGGAAUAUCUGGAUAUUCCCUUUCUCCACACCCGUAUGAUGAGCAGGAAAGUUCUUCAUCAUCAGCAGCCAUGCAUUCACUUGUCUUCACCAAAAUGUUGGUUGAAGAAAGAGAGGAGGAGGGGCUGACCGAUGGCAUCCUGUACCGAGCAGAGCCUGCAUUGGUCGACACCAACGAAGCAGACCUGUCUGAUGAAAAGAUGCUACAUAGUUACUCUGCGAUAGAGGAUGACACUUUCCAGACAUCCAUGAUCGCUCUUCAUGGUAGCACCUGUAGUGCAGACCUGGAUUACCUGCACUCCUCCACGCCUAAGCUGACAGCUCGCCUGGACUUACUGGGUGAUUGUCCUGGCCUCGCAGACAACACUGAACCAUUUUCUCCAGAGAAGUCAGCCCCUUUCAACCCUCCGAGUUUAAGAGGUCACGUUGGAGCAAUUAACACAAGGCUAGGAAAUUCUGAUCAGUACCUACCACAGCACUCGGCCCAAGUGGAACCAAUGGAUUUCUCAAACUCAUACAGCCCAUUCGCUGAAAUGGGGACCCAUAAUGUUCAGGAGGAAUCACUGGAGUCGCUCCACUUUCAAAUGGAGCCCACCAUCUCUUUUGGAGACGAUGGAGAAAUUAAGGUCUUGAUGAAGGAUGGGGAGACUGAUGUGAAUGAAUCAGCAGAAGAUGGUGACAAGGAAAUACUGACCUCAGGGAGCAAUUUUGAAAGGACCAUCACGGUUGUCAAGGGCAACUCCAGUCUCGGGAUGACGGUGAGCGCCUUGAAAGAUGGUUUGGGAAUGUUGAUCCGCAGUAUAAUCCAUGGUGGGUCCAUUAGCCGUGAUGGACGCCUGGGGGUGGGCGACCUCAUCCUGGCCAUCAAUGGUGAGCCCACUGCCAACCUGUCCAAUGCUCAGGCUCGUGCCAUGCUUCGGCGGCACUCCCUCAUUGGACCGGACCUUGGAUCUGCUUGUGCACCUGAGGACGAUCUGUGCCCCUUUUAUGUUAUUACAUAUGUACCAGCAGAGUAUUUGGAGGAGUACAAGGCCAGUCUAAAUCAGGCUAAAGAUGAUGUCCUCUCUGAAGCAGCACCAACCCACGUCCCAGGCUCAAAAGAUAUUCCCAGCCUCCCUGAGCGAGAAGAUGGAGAGGGAGAGGAAAGUGCCUCAUACGGCAACUGGAACCAACCAAGGAAAGUGGAGCUUAAUAGAGAAGCAGGCAAAUCCCUGGGUAUCAGCAUUGUCGGGGGCCGAGGGAUGGGCAGCCGACUGAGCAACGGAGAGGUGAUGAGGGGCAUCUUCAUCAAACACAUCCUGGAGGACAGUCCUGCUGGACGCAACGGCACCCUGAAGACUGGAGACAGAAUAGUAGAGGUGGAUGGAGUCGACUUAAGAGACGCCAGUCAUGAGGAGGCAGUGGAGGCCAUACGCAGGGCAGGCAACCCGGUCUCCUUCUUGGUCCAGAGUAUUAUCCACCGGCCCAGGCCUGAGUCAGUAUAUAGUCCACCCGCAUCGCCUGCUGUAGAGAAAUACAGCACCGCUUUAACACGCAUGCCACAUCGCAAGCGUCAGUCAUCACCAGUGGACUCCAAUGAGGAGAGAGCUGCGGCUACCAGUGACAACAAGGACAAGCCUGCAAAGCGGGAAGCUGGGAAAGCCUCCCCCACCACCACUCCUAUCUCCCUGCCUGUGGUGCCCCAUGUGGGAGAGACAGAUACAGACACCCUGACAGAGAUCCCUGACAGACCUGCUGAGACUGAGGAGGAGGACGAGGAGGUGGAGGACGAGUUUGGAUACAGCUGGAAGAAGAUAAUCCAGCGCUAUGGCAGCCUCCCAGGGGUGCUGUAUAUGAUUGAGCUGGAGAAAGGCAAGACGGGACUGGGCCUCAGCCUGGCUGGGAACAGGGACCGCUCCCGAAUGAGUGUGUUCGUGGUGGGAAUAGACCCCAAUGGGGCAGCUGGUGAGGAUGGACGCAUGGUUGUUGGGGAUGAACUGCUGGAGAUCAAUGGGCAGAUCCUCUAUGGUCACAGUCACCAGAACGCAUCUUCCAUCAUUAAAAGUUCUCCAUCCAAAGUCAAAAUCAUCUUUAUCAGGAACACAGAGGCGCUGAACCAGAUGGCCGUGGGACCGGUGAGAGAGCAGGAGGGGGACACAGGGGAGCCCCAUUUUGAGCUAGAAUCAAGUGCCUCUACUGCUGAUGCUGACACAUCAAAAUAUGUGCAUCACAUUGUACAGCCGCAGGAGGAAGGUGGUCUUGGCAUUACCUUUGUCGAGGGGGACACCAGCAGUGGAGUUGAAAUUCAGAGUGCGUCUGAAGUGAAAGGACACACAGGCAAAGAAUGCUGCAUCAAACCAGGGGACAAACUCAUAUUUGUGAAUGGUGAAUCAGUGCUGGGCUACUCUGUGGAAAAGGUCAAUUCUCUGCUGAGGAAAGCCAAAGGUCCAGUGAAGCUAACCUUCUCUACAGCAGAAACCCCCACCUCCUCCUCCUCCUCCUAUGCCCAGUCAACCAGCCAGGAGAGGAGAGGCUCAGAUGGAGCCUUUACCAGUCUACCCAGCCUGUCCAGCAUUGCCACAGCUACCUUGGCCGAACCAGAAACUGAACCGAUCAGAAGCCCAAGUCGCUCAUCCACCCCUGCCACCCUGGCCUCUGAUCCUGCAACCUGUCCCAUCAUCCCUGGCUGUGAGACCACUAUCGACAUCUCAAAGGGCCGGACGGGCCUGGGCCUCAGCAUCGUGGGAGGCUGCGACACCCUGCUGGGAGCCAUUAUUAUCCAUGAAGUUUAUGAAGAAGGAGCAGCCUCCAAAGACGGCAGGCUAUGGGCUGGAGACCAAAUCUUAGAGGUGAAUGGCAUUGACCUACGUGCGGCCACACAUGAUGAGGCCAUCAACGUGCUGCGUCAGACCCCGCAGAGGGUCCGGCUGACCGUCUACAGGGACGAGGCCCAGUACAAGGAGGAGGACCUGUGGGACGCCUUCACCGUGGAGCUGAACAAGAAGCCUGGCCAGGGCCUGGGCCUCAGCAUUGUAGGGAGAAGAUCACGGGAACAGAGGAAUGACACAGGAGUGUUUGUGUCCGACAUAGUGAAGGGAGGGGUGGUGGACGCUGAUGGCAGUCUGAUGCAGGGAGACCAGAUCCUCUCAGUCAAUGGGGAGGACGUCAGGUCAGCCACUCAGGAGGCUGUGGCCGCACUGCUCAAGUGCUGUGUGGGGCCCAUAAAAAUGGAAGUGGGGAGGUUUAAAGCUGGACCCUUCCACUCUGAGAGAAGACUGUCCCAGACCAGUCAGAUGAGUGAAACAGGCAGCUCUAAGUUGGCCGGUCUCUCACGCUCAGAAUCAGGAAACCUUCACGGUGACUUUGACAAGCAAAGCAAGAGCCUGGAAUCCCUCGAGCACCAGGACAUCAGAACGAUUGAGUUUACCAAAGGCCCCACUGACUCUCUAGGCAUCAGUAUAGCAGGCGGAGUGGGCAGCCCGCUCGGUGAUGUGCCCAUCUUUAUUGCCAUGAUGAAUCCAACUGGUCUCGCCGCCCAGACCCAGAAACUCAAAAUAGGGGACCGGAUCGUCAGUAUUUGUGGGACCUCUGCUGAAGGCAUGAGCCACACACAGGCUGUCACUCUGCUCAAGAACGCCACGGGAACCAUAGAGCUGCAGGUAGUAGCAGGCGGUGACAGCACUGUGACCGGUCCCUCUCAGGAGCAGGCAGCUGGAGGCCUCACACCAAGCUGCAUCUUCCAAGAUGACCUGGGCCCGCCUCAGUAUAAGACCAUCACCCUCAACCGAGGACCAGAUGGAUUAGGUUUCAGUAUAGUUGGAGGCUAUGGCAGCCCGCACGGAGACUUGCCGAUCUAUGUGAAAACCGUCUUCGGAAAGGGGGCAGCAGCGGAGGACGGGCGUCUGAAGCGAGGGGACCAGAUCAUGGCUGUGAACGGGCAGACUCUGGAGAGCGUCACCCAUGAAGAGGCAGUUGGCAUCCUGAAAAGGACCAAAGGAACUGUCACACUCACUGUGCUGUCAUAGACACACACGCACACACACAUACACACUCACAAUGAGUCACUGCUUUUUGUAAAAUCCAGACACUCCUUACUGCACUUAACAUGAACUCAUAUUUACAGACAGGUAGUGAAAACAAGCAGUACAGCUUGCAUGUGCGAUCACGUCUAGCAAUAAGAGAACUCACGGCAGCAUUAUGUCACAUAUAGAUAAUUACAUUCAGCUCAGCAGAUGUUCAUCUAUGAAAAUAUUCACACUGAAGUAUGAACAGCCACACACUGUAAUGUAUGAAUAAGCUUGUUGCUCAUCAAAGCUUUGAACACUGUGAUCCGUAUUUACACCCAUGCGAGCCUGCUGUGAGUAGACUGAAGAGCCAUGUGAUAAAAGAGCUUACAUCACUUCAGCAAAUGGUGACCCAAAUUGCUCCGAAAAUAGUAUCUAAGGUAUAUAUAUAUGGAUGCUGAAAUAAAUGGUCCUAGAGUUGGUAAUAGAGUGUUAAUUAGUUGUUAUAUGAAGUCUCAGAGAGGCUGUAAAUAGUUUUGGAAGGAAGUUCAGUAAACGCUCUUCUACAUUCCACGGCUCUGGAGUGAAGUAUUCACUGGACACUGUGGCUCAGAUCUUUUUUUAUUAUUGUAGUUUUCUAUGCUCAGAUUUGUGAAUUGUUGAUGAUUAUUUUAUUUUAUAAUUGAGAGCGCUAUUAGGUGCUGUCAGAGAACACUUCUAUUGAGGAGAGGCCUAUUUUUCAACACUUAGUAGAGUCUAAGGUCAGCAUAAUGGAGGGACUUUCACUAAAUUCAGAAAAUGAAAGGGCAACAAAAUGCCCCUAAGGCAAAGUGACAGAAUACUAGGAUUUAGCCAAUGGCUCUUUUAGCUGACAAGAGUUUUAUCUGUCUUUUAUGUGGCGCUUUUGUCGGCAAUUCAUCAUACUUUGAUUUUCCUGAAACGCUGAUGCUGCUGUAACUGCUGCUGAUCAGUUGAUCAUAUAAAGUCACUGUUGCUUUAGUAAAAGUAGCCAUAAAACAGUGAGCAAUUUAAUUUAAAUCUGAAGGAUCUGAGGUCUAAUAUUACUAUAAAUAUGUUAACAUUUAUCUGAAGGGAAAGGUGUGAAAUCUUUGUCUUAGUCAUUGGACUAAGAAGUGUGGUUUUGAACACAAACUAGGCCACAAGAGUGUGUGGUCAUGAGCUACUCACUGAAAUAUAGUGCUGCUAAUGCAGAUGCAGAAGAUAUGAGGUAUUAUGUCACAGUAUUUUCAUAUUUUUAAAGUAUUAAUGUUCACUUCAUGAACGUGUACAGAAAACUGAAGGACGGACUAGUUAUUCAGCUUUUGUUGGACAAGAGGUUGUUGUGUAUUGCUUAACUUGUCCUUAUGGAUUAUAUAUUAAGGGCCUGAGCUCAUAGCGGCCUGAUCACUCACUCAGACAAAGUCCUUUUCCAGUGUUUGCUAUCAGAAGUGAUUAGGCGGCUAUUUUAUGGGCUAGUUUCACAAAAAAGGGUCUGUUCCCGUUCUUAUUAAUGGUGGUUGUAGCACUGUCCGUGUGACAGUAUUGAAUUUGUUCACCCACUGAAUUUAAUAAAAGUGACCUUCAAACUCAAA